CCACUCCAAAUCAUUGGAUACAGGUGUUCCAAUAAUAUCCAUGACCACAGGUGUAAAAAAUCAAGUGCCUAGGCAUGUAGACUGCUUCUACAAACAUUUGUGAAAGAAUGGGUCGCUCUCAGGAGCUCAGUGAAUUCAAGCGUGGUACCGUGAUAGGUUGCCACUUGUGCAAUAAGUCCAUCUGUGAAAUUUCCUUGCUACUAAAUAUUCCACGGUCAACUGUUAGUGGUAUUAUAAGAAAGUGGAAGCAACUGGGAACAAUAGCAACUCAAUGCACGCCGCCACUGGACUCUAGAACAGUGGAGAUGUGUUCUCUGGCGUGACGAAUCACAGUUCUCUGUCUGUCAAUCUGAUGAAUUUGUCUGGGUUUGGCAGUUGCCAGGAGAACGGUACUUCCCUUACUGCAUUGUGCCAAGUGUAA